CAACCAUCCUCUUUAUCACCGUCGUCUUUCUUACCUCUUUCAAAUCAAUGUGCAUGAAAGACCUCAUCGUCAUGACUAUAUAAAGCCUGUAGACUUCUGUGCUUUUCCUUACUGUCCCACACUGAACCACCGUUUUCACCUGGAAUCGACUCCGCCUCAGACUUUCUACAACAACAAUACCGACUCCAUCAGACAAAAAAACAAAGGAGCGUGAGGUUAGCAAAACAAAAAGCAAAGGAAAGGAUGGAUUAUCUUCCAGACUCGAUCGCGCAACACCUCACCAGCACCACCUUCUCCGCGCUCACCACCCACCUGAACACCACCUACCUCACCCCGGCGCUCACGCACCUGCGCUCCGCCUACAUCGACCCCUACCUCAUCCGCCCGGCCGCCGGCUACCUCGCCAACUCGUCCGCCGCAGGCGCCGGCGGCAGCAGCCCCGCGAUGCCCGACCUCGUCUCCGUCGUGCUGCUAGUCGCCAUCCUCUUUAUCUCGCUCAAGGUGCUCGACUAUGCGCGCCGCGUCGUCAUGUUCUGGGUUGGCCUGCUGUGGGCCCUGAUCUGGUGGGGUACCAUCGUCGGCCUCGUGCUCUGGGUAUACCUCCAUGGUGUCGAGCGCGCCGCGCAGGAUGCGGGCUGGUUGUUUGGGAUUGCCCGUGGGUUCUUGGGUAGGAUGAUUGAGCAGGUGGAGCGGCGGGGUGAGUAUUAUCAACAACCGCAGAGAGGUGCGGAUGGGGGUGGUGUUUUUGGGAUGGGUGGUAUGGGUGGUAGGGCUCAGCAGGCGCCCUUGGGACGGUGGUGAUGUUAUUACCUUUCGCUCCAGGGAUCUCUGUGUUUGGUUCUGUGAAAAGUAGGAGAUGCUGGGGUUCGAUUGGUUGAGUUGGGCGUGAAGGGGUUGACGUGUGAAUGUGCUUUUGAAUGCUUAGAUGAUUGAAUGCCUUUCUUCCGAGGUAUACCUAGAUUUUCUGCGAAGGGAU